AUGAAGGAGUCUGGGAUUCAGGGACCGGCAUCCGGAGCAGAGGGAUAUCCCGAUGUUCCAACAUCCACCAAGGCCUAUUUGACACAUUCCAGGCUAGUGAUGAUGGACAAAAGCCUUAGCGUGAGACAUCGCGUUUUUUCGGAGACCGUGUCCAAGGACGUGGUCAAACUCUCGGCGACAUUAGCCUCCUUUCUUCACGCUGCCUGCCCUAGCUACAUGGCGACUUGGUUGCUGCCUGCGCUUGAGAUGACUGGGGAGUCGCCUCGCCGAGUUGGCACCAUCCACAAAGGCCUACCUCAGGGUCAGGAAGAAAUUGUCCACGGGCUGAACACCUACGUAAUUGGCAACCGCAACAACCCACAGGGUAUGAUAAUAAUCUACUCAGAUAUCUUCGGCCUUGCGCUACCCAACAACAAACUCAUCGCCGACGCCUAUGCAAGGAGCGGCGAAUGGCUGGUCUACAUGCCAGACUUUUUCAAGGGCGACCCCGUGAUGCUGAAGUUCGCUGACGUUGUAAUCCCGGUCGACGCAGCAAAGCAAUCAUCUUUUGGUUUUUACACAGGCCUACUUGCUAGCGCGCAGUCUUUGAUGAUGUGGAUGAUGAGGCACAAAGAGGGGCUUACAAACAAGGUCUGUAUGGAAUUUCUGACAGCGUUGAGACGCAAAACACCCCGGUAUUCGAAAAUAGGUAUUGCUGGGUUCUGCUGGGGCGGAAAGUAUGCGAUUCGCACUGGGCUAGAGAACAAUAUGAUUGAGAUGUACGACAAAAAGAUUCCGCUGGUUGAUGCGGUGGUCGCAUUGCAUCCGAGCAAUCUAGUCUUUCCAGAUGACGUGGAGAAUUUGGUCGUGCCGGUUAGCUAUGGUUGGGGGUUGGACGAUAUUGGUGUCAAAAUUGAACAGAAGGGCAAGGUGGAAAAAGUGCAUGCGAAAGAGGAGGCCGGCAGGAAAGUACCAGAUAUGGAGCACAAGAUCUAUAAGCCUGGGUGUCAUGGGUUUGCCGUGAGAGGCAACCUGGACGAUCCAAUGGAGAGAGCGUGCCUUGAGGACUUGCUGACGCAGGCUUUGGAUUGGUUUCCUCGGUGGCUUUGA